GCUCUUCUUGCCCGGGGGAGGGGGCGCUCCCACAAUGCACCUUGUAUCAACACGGCGGUGGGGCGGCUUCCUGGAGGGUUCAGGCGCUUGGCGCUGAGGUACCCAGUGCGAGCGCUAUCCCGCCAGCCGGUGUUGUGGGGCGACUGCGACCAUGGCGGAGGCAACGCCUGCUCGGCACAGGAGGAAACGGCGCUCCAUGCCAUUAGCCCUGGCCACACCCCCUUCACAAACAACAGAGAAAAGCCCGUAUUUCCAGACCACAGAAAUCUCACUUUGGACAGUGGUGGCUGCUCUUCAAGCUGUGGAGAAGAAGAUGGAGUCCCAGGCUGCCCGACUGCAGAGCCUGGAGGGACGAGCGGGCACAGCCGAGAAGAAGCUGGCUGACUUCGAGAAGACGGCUGUGGAGUUCAGCAACCAGCUGGAGGGCAAGUGGGCCGUGCUGGGGACCCUGGUGCAGGAGUACGGGCUGCUGCAGCGGCGGCUGGAGAAUGUGGAGAACCUGCUGCGCAACCGGAACUUCUGGGUCCUCCGGCUGCCACCCGGCAGCAAGGGCGAGGUCCCCAAGGUGUCUGGGCCCCUUGAGAAUGAUGGGGUCUGUUUCUCGGAGCAGGAGUGGGAGAACUUGGAGGACUGGCAGAAGGAGCUCUACAGAAAUGUCAUGGAGAGCAACUAUGAGACUCUGGUCUCUCUGAAGGUCCUUGGCCAGCCAGAGGAAGAGGCAGAGUUGGGUGCAGAGAUGGUGGGUGACUUGGUGGAAGAAGGUACCCACUUGGCAGAUAGAGCCAUGGUUAAACAGGAGCUGCUCUACAAUCAGGAGGACCAUGCAGGUCUCCCCGGCAUGUUUUCCAGCGCUGCUGAGCAGCAGGCUUUCUUUGGAGCGGAGCAGGCUGUAUUCUGGAAUAGUUCGGGAGACUCUGCCCUCUUGGAAUCAGGCCCAGGGGACUGUAACCCUGAGUCUGUGGAGGGCAGUAGAGACCCUGCCCCUGUUAGAAAUCUGGACUGCUCCCGAAAACAGAAGUCUCACAGGCAGGUGCAAUUGGGUCAGGAAUGUGGACAGGGUCUGAAGGCGAAAAGGGACGCCAGCCCAUACAAAUGUUCUGAAUGCCAGAGCAGCUUCCGCUACAAGCAGCAGCUGACUGCACAUCUGCAGAGCCACGUGGGCAGGGAGUCUUAUUCUACCACAGAACCAGAGGAGAGCCUUAGGCCCAGGCCACGGCUGAAACCACAGGCCAAACGGUCAAAGCUGCAUCAGUGUGACGUGUGCCACAGGAGCUUCAGCUGCAAGGUCAGCCUGGCGACCCAUCAGCGCUGCCACCAGCAGGGGGGCCCCAUCACCAGCCCUCAGAUCCAGGAGAGAUUCUCGCCUAACAGCUUAGUUGCUCUGCCUGGCCACAUCCCCUGGAGGAAAAGUCGGAGUUCUCUCAUCUGUGGGUACUGUGGCAAGAGUUUCAGCCACCCAUCUGACCUGGUGCGGCACCAGCGCAUCCACACGGGUGAGCGGCCCUACAGCUGCCCUGAGUGUGAGAAGAGCUUUGUCCAGAAGCAGCACCUCCUGCAGCACCAGAAAAUCCACCAGCGGGAGCGGGCUGGACAGGCUUCAGAGCCUGCAAGGCCCAAUGGCCUGCUUUAAGGUUGCCAGCCCCUCACCGUCCGGGGGCGGAGGGGGGGUGGCAUCGGUCCCCCGCAGAGACACUACAGUCACACUAACUUCUUCCAGAGGAGAAUUGCUUCUGCUUUGCCCUCCUUGGCUAACUAAGCACAGAGGCUAAUCUGAGGCACAGGAGAGAAGGAUCUAUGGCCCCAGCCUCUGCCAUCUUGGCCCUGUUGCUGGGUUUGCUGUUUCCUUAGCCCCUUCAGGUCCCAGGUUUUCUCCUUUCUGGUGUACUGUCACACCACUGAGACCAGUAGCCAGUUCCAGGGCCAUCUUAGCAUUUCACACAUGUCUUCCCACAGGUGAGUGGGACCACAGAGGUUUGUGGAAAGUUCCAGGAAGUACUACCCUCCAUUUCCUUUCUUUUGUAGCCUCCUUGUUAAUAACUAGUAUAAAUAAUUUAAAUGAACUGCUUAGCCUGUUCUAAAGACCCCCUUUUGGAGUUAGAUUCUGGUUGAUUUUUUUAAACUAUAGUUCAAAACUUGUUUUAUAAAUUUCAGGAGUUGUAGAAGUUGUUCCUACCAUGGGAACUGAGCCUACCCUCCAGGAGGGAAUAGUUUAUGGGGCUCUUUUAGCCCACCCACAUUUAACAUAGGCCCGAGAGCCGAGACAUAUUGCUGUGUUCUUUUGAUGGGUUGCCUAGUGCACUCAGAUGGGGCUAAUUUUCUCGGUGGGCCAAGCCCUGCUGAGAAUGUAGACUUCUUGAAGAAGCUGAGAGUUCAGUUCUGGGAGUUGGUGUCUCAGCAUACUUUCCCUCUCCCGCUCCUCUCUUUGCUGUUCCUACAGCCCCAGGGGAUGUGGGGGGUAGGGUGGAAGACUGAGGUUCAUUCUGUUACACCAUGCAUCACUUAGGUUAUUCAGAUUAGACUUUCCAGUGUCUGCACCAGAGACGAAGGAGAGAAAGCACAGGCGCUUGUCUCAAGAGUGUUGAGUACCCCACUGUCAUUUGGGGAGGGAGGUGAGAGUGGGUUCCUGGUCAUAUGUGAAUGUAUGCUUGUCUGGAAUAAAUCUUGUUACUUGUAUUUAAAGAAAAAACAAAA